AUCUACAACCCACGACGUGCAAAAUAACCAAUUGCUUCUCGGUCCACUUGCUCAAGCAUGGAAUUACUGGAAUUGACGCGGUAAACAGCAACAUUCGCCAUCAUCGCCAACUAAUUUUAAUCAACAAUCAACAACAACCAGCAAUCCCCGACACGACACGAUAAUAUUAUGGCAAUGGCUUCACCAACGCCCAUGGGAUCCUCCCAUUUCGCAUCGCUCCGACGGCCAGCCUCGAGACAAAACUUCAAGCAGCCAAUCUCGAGGCCACAACUGACUCGUGGCGAUCCUUUAUCUGCAGAGCGAAAGACGCAUGCGCGAACCUAUUCACUGAACGAUAGCUCUGACGAUGAGAUCCCACUGCCGAUGAUGAAGUUCUCAGCACUGACAAACGCCUUGCUCAAUGAUCCUGCGCCAUCAGUCGACACAUCCCUUCCGCAGACGGCGCGAACAACCCCAGAGCCGGACAGUGAGGGGUUUCAGUUCAAGGCUGGAGGCUCAGGAGUUGUUGCGGACAAGAAGUUGUCGCCGCCCGGAAGCAGGAUUCACAGCCCAUAUCCAAGGAGAAUUGUACGAUUGAGUGGCACACCUUCGACGUUGAGAAGGACAUCAUCUUUAUCUGCGGUACAGAAACGCGGAGAUCAGCCUGUUGAAAAGCCGGAGAGUCCGCUCGACCUGAGUACACCAGCACAAGCCCCUCGAACGGUCCGCCUGCCUAUCUCAUCUUCUGGCAAUCAUGGACUGUCAUUUGGCUCAUCAGGAAGACAAUCACAUAGAACAGACUCGGGAUCUAGGAAUGAUGCAGCACCCGAGUCUCAUGAAUAUCCUACGACUGUGGCGCGAUCACAUCUUGCGACAAGCCAGGGGAGUGUUUCGAGAUAUCAGCCUUCGACGAUUGGGAGGACGAAGUAUGGAGAGGAAAGCUCCAUGCGAGUGAAGAGGGUUGGGAAGGUGGCUGGGACAUUCUUGAGCGGACCGGCUCGAAGAGGGAGAAGGCGCAUGGACGACGAGGACCAGAGCCCAGUUGAUGAGCGUGACAAUGCAUUGGAUUCCGCGCCAUCGAGUCAAGAGCCUCAAAGCCAAGAUUCACACGCACCGGAAUCGCAAGAUCAAGAUGCAUUAUCAAGCCAGGAACAGGAACCGAUUAUGGGAUCACAUAAUGCUCCAGGUUACAGAGAUUAUGCUUCCGGAUCUCCUAUAAGCACGAGAGAAGCGUUGAAUUCGAUUUUGAGGUCAAAUUCACCUCCACCUCCUACCUUGGCCAGUUCGCAAAGACCCAACUCAGUGCAGUCGAAUGCAGUCUCACAGCCUGCUCAGCCGAUCUUCAAGAUGCCAGCUCCUCGUCCAGAUUUACCAUCAACGCAUGAUCAGGAGAACGAAGCUCCUCCAACCUUCAAGCGGAAUAAACAACCGUUAAUACACUUGGACAAAAUGGAGAAGGUUCCUGUCCGCCCAGAGAGCAUGGAUCUUGACAUCUUGCGCGCUGCCACACCCUCAGAAAGACGACCGUUGGCCCUCAGGAGUCAGAACACUCCCCGAAGACCUGCACCUCCACCUCCCAAGAUGUCAAUUCUCGACGCUGCAACAAGUACCGCUGGUGCGGCUACAGCUUCUCACGCUAGUGGGAAGAGGAACCGACUUAAGGUCAAUGGAAAGCCGUUCACCAGGCUUGACUGCAUUGGACGUGGUGGAAGUUCUAGAGUCUACAGAGUGAUGGCAGAAAACUCGAAAUUCUUUGCAUUAAAGCGGGUGUCACUUGAAGAUGCGGACGAGGCGGCUGUCAUAGGCUUCAAGGGCGAGAUUGACUUGCUCAAGAAGCUAGAAGGCGUGGAAAGAGUGAUUCGUCUCUAUGAUUACGAACUGAAUGAGGAAAAGUCAACAUUGACUGUGUUGAUGGAAAUGGGAGAGCUUGACAUGAACAAGAUGUUGGAGCUACGCUUGAAGUCAGAAAACGCCAAAUUAGACACCAGCUUUGUCCGACAUUAUUGGAAGGAGAUGUUGGAGUGUUUGCAAGCGAUUCACGAGCACGAUAUCGUUCAUUCGGAUCUCAAGCCUCAUAACUUUGUUCUCGUUCAGGGACGACUGAAGUUGAUCGAUUUCGGCAUUGCAAAUGCAAUCCAAACAGACGAAACUGUCAAUGUCCACAGAGAGAACCAAAUCGGGACACCAAACUAUAUGUCCCCCGAGUCUCUUAUGGAUUCCAAUGCAAAGCCGGAUGCCAGAGGUCGAAUUCCAAAUGAGCCAAAACUCAUGAAGCUUGGGAAGCCUAGCGACAUUUGGUCUUUAGGAUGCAUUCUCUACCAAAUGACCUAUGGUCGCGCUCCCUUCGGCCACAUCCUGAACCCAAUGCAUCGUUGCCAAGCUAUUAUCAACUUCAACUACGAGAUCGAAUACCCUACUCUCGGGGUCGGAUCUGUGCCUGUACCUUCGGCACUCAUCAAAACAUUGAAGCGCUGCCUGAACAGAAAUCAAUUUGAACGUCCUUCUGCAACCGAACUUCUCGACGAAAAGGAUACAUUCCUCAACCCGAUUGAUUAUGAUGAAGCUCUACCCAUCAGCGAGGAGCUCCUUGGACGUAUCCUCCUCAAUGUUGCGGCGAAAUGCAAAAAUCAAACUCCAACCGAGACGGAACUCCUGACUCUUUGGCCAAAAGCCUAUUUCGACAGGUUGCGGAAAAACAUGGCGGAAGGGAAGCCAUUAUAGUGAUUUCUUGUGUUUGGAUACUUGUACAAGAAGAAGUGUGUCGAUUUCAUGGACGUGGCUGGGUGUUUGGAUUCGGAUUGGCUUUGGAUCCGGUUUGAAUGUGAAGAUAGGGGGAGGGAGAGGAAAGAAGAAGCUGUGUUUCUACAAUCUGCGUUUAGCGUACAGGCGUUUUUGAAGGAGCUCUGGGCUUGCGGGCAGGAUAUACCAUUUUUACAUUAUUGAAGCCUAGCUUUUUGGACGGCUUUUGUAUUUUUCUUUUAAUGAAUACAUGAGUGGGGCUUGAUAUCGAAGGUACCCAUUUGUUUCUAUACCGAGAUUUGGAUAUAUUAUGACAUUGUUGAGUAUAAUUAUAUGAAUUCAGGCCCAGCCAAGUGGUUGGAUUACUAUCAGACACAUAAUAAAUAAGUUUCGAUCUCUGUUUAUGUCUCGUUCUGUCGGCCGAGGAGGAUCACCGACUUGGAAAUCCCCCUUCCCCCACAACAGGAACAGUUCUUAAUCCACUCAAAGUUCUACGAUACCAAACACUAUAUAAUCUUACCUUCCAAAAUGGCAAUAGCACAAUUACCGUAAGAAGAAUAUCAUACUAUCGCCAUACCAUAUCACCCUCUUAAUUCCGCAACUGUGGACCCGGGAAUCCCCCUUUUGACAUUCGCGGCUUCAUUCCUCCCCAUUACUAUUCACUAAACUUCAGCCUCAAGGCAGGAAAGGCCGAUAUCAAAAGCUGCUGGUAACAGUUGUGGAGAGGAGGAAAUCCGAAUCUAGACCCAUAUUCUCCUUGUCACGAAUUUCUUACUUCACUACUAAUAUCGUGGUAAAGCUGAAUUUAAGUUUCGCGUCUGGGGGGGUUUCCGACCCCGCCUUGAGCUUGAGUACUUG